UUCAAAAAGCCACAUCCCUUCCCAAGCCUAAUCUUGGAUUUGACAGUAUGUUAAUCCAAUCUGUUGGCUUUGGGUAUGAGCCCAUGACCGAUGAUUACAAAUUGGUGAGGCUUGUGUAUCCAGACAAUGAGUGUGUUCCACCUCUGGUUGAGAUUUAUACGCUUCGAACCGGCAUAUGGCGCUGUAUUACUGCCCCCGGUCCUCCCUACUUCAUAAGGGAUUGGUCCUCAUCGGUUUUCGUGAAUGGGGCACUCCACUGGCCCGCAAAUACUCCAUUGUGGCAGGGCGCCUUUCGCAAUGUGAUUGUGUGGUUUAAUAUGAAGGAUGAAGCCUUUGGGGAAGUGGGUAUGCCUAAGAGUUUACAAGGGCUGGAAGACUUGAACGUUAGUGUGGCUCUAGUUGAUGGAUUGCUUGCGCUUGUCCCUCGUAACUCAUGUGGCAACGAGGCGUCUCAGGCCGUGUGGGUGAUGAAAGAGUAUGGAACAGAGGAAUCUUGGAGUAAGCUGUUUGAUAUUCGCAUUGGGGGAUUUGAGAGGGUGAUAGGCUUUACAAAGACAAGUAGUGAUGAUGUUCUAGUGCAAAAGGCUCAAAGGUUGUUUUCUUUCGGACCAAUUAGCCGAGAAUAUUUGGAUCUUCCCAUUCAUGUCACAGAGGAUAUUUAUUUGGAUACUUAUGUGGAGAGCCUUGUUCUACUGAAUGCAGCUGACCGAGUUCCGUGGUGACAGGGGAAGUCGUCUGGUGGUAGUUAGCGCACAGAGAAAAGCAGGUAUCCAGGGCUUAGGUGAUUUUGCUGGACAUUAUGAAAAGAGGUUUUCUCAGCUUUAUAUCCACUUAAAUGUGCUAUCUUUUGACAUUGAUCUUCAGCAUUUUAUGCUUGAAUAUCUGCUAUGCGUAGAAUUUGC